AUGCAGGGAGUCGUAUACGACGGAUCAUGGGGAGCCUUCAUUGACAAAUACAUGCAGGGUACAGUGGCAUACAACUCCUGGUGUGAACAUGUCAGUGCCUGGUUAGAUUUCAAGAAGGAAAACCCCGACUACCCCAUACUGUUAAUAUCCUACGAAGAUAUGAAGAAGGAUCUGAGACGAAGUGUCCAGCUGAUUUCUGACCAUUUAGGGACUGGUCAUGACUCUGCUUUGUUGGACGCCAUUGCAACUAAAUGCGAGUUCAAAGAAAUGUUUAAGGAGAAGACUGAGAACAUGACGGAGUCGCACAAACAAAUGUCGCUAGACGGUAGCAACCCUUUCUACAGAAAAGGCGAUGUCGGUGACUGGAAGAAUUGGUUCACGGUUGCCCAGAACGAACAAUUUGAUAUGACGAUGAAGAAGGAGGUGGACAAAAUAGACCUCCCUGUUGAAUACACUUUGACGUGA